AUCCCUAGAACUCAUUCCCUAUGUUUUUACACCGCCCAUCUAAUUACAAUCUUUGUGUUAUUAUUAACAAUUAUUAAUAAAAAGUUUAUAUUAGAUAAGAUAAAAGAAUUGUAAAAUCCACUUCCAUUUAUUGAUAUGAAUCUUGACUAUAAAUUUGUCAUUACUAGUAUCAAUAGUAUGACUAACAUGUAAGAUAACCCUUUUAUAUGAAACAUUGGCAAUACUCGGGUAAUUACCUAUUUACUUUUCAAUUUCACGACGUAUCGUUUUGUUAUUUAUAGAGGAAGUAUUUUAAGUCAUGUCGAACAACACACCUAACGGUCUCUCGGUACAAAUGGUUGGGAGAAAAAUACAGCAAGAAUAUUAUGAACUUCUUCCCGAUUGGAAUAAAUAUGACGUGAAAAAUAUAAACGUAUUGCGCCAAUAUAUUGGAUAUGCGCUAGGUCAUUUUAAUAAUGAAUGGGAACUUGAUAAGAUAGGAAAUGUUGAAAGUGAAUCGAAUAGCGUGAUGGACAAUUACUAUUCAGGAAAUGAAGAACAGAAAUCGGUUAAGUGCGAUGGAGAAAUGAACCGUCAAAGGGAAAUGGUGUCUUUAAUAUACGAUCAAAUAAUAAAAUAUGGUAGGGAGUCAGAUGGGAGUAUUUUCUGCGGCAUUAUAUAUAAUGUCAUAUAUGAAGUGCCAAAAAAGAAUGAACCGAUAAAUUACGAUACUGUUAUGCACAUACCAAUUUUUAAAAUUAGAAAUUAUGACAAAAUAAAUGCACAUGAAAAUUUUUCGAAAGAUUAUAAUACACAAUAUAUAGACAAUGAUGGAAGAUUAUACAAAAAUUGGAAUGAUUACUUAACGUCUAAUAAAUUGUUCGAAUGCAUUAUGAUAGUACCCAAAAAUGGAUAUUACGAAGCAGAUCCUGAUUUUACGAUAACAGAAAAGAAUUCUACGGUAUUGAUCGCAGCUUAUCUCUCGCCAGCUUGUUCGAAGAACGCCGAAAUUGUUAAAUACAUAAAUAACACGUUUGGCUUAUUAAAUGUUGGUGCUCUUGGAGUUACCGUUGUAUCACUCUUUACUCCUGUUACACCUCUGGCGCUAUUGGCAGGAUCAACAGCAACAAUCUGCGGCGGUAUUUGGAUGACUGGCAGAUCUAUAUAUAAUUUAGUUGAUCUUGCCGGAUCUACAAUGGGGAUGGCAAUGAGCCGUGGAGGUGUGAUAAUUUCAAAAGCUGCGCAAGCUGGCAAAAAUGUAGGAUUAGUUACUAAAGCAGCGUAUAAUACAGCAGUAAUUGGUAAUAUGUCUAUCAAUCUCGUUGGUAUUGGAUUCAACGGUUAUUGUAUCGUUAAAAAGUAUCAGGAAGGCGGUAAGGUCGAUGUGAUCGAUGUAUUUUCCUUUGUAAUGCAUGCAAUGUUUUUCGGUAAUACUAUAUUGAAUGUAGAAUUUGCCCAUGAUAUUAUUGAUAGUACUCAUGGUAAGGUUCUGCAAGAGUACGAAAGCACUUUACGGAAUAAACGUCAUCGUAAAUCGUACAAUAAAGUAAAAAAUAAGGCACAAUCAAAAGAGGAAAUAGUACGAUACAUUAAGAAAGUUAAAUCAAAAGCAGAACUUUUCCCUUCUAAGAGCAAUAGUCAAGCAACUGGUAGUAAACCAAAUGAGGGUAAACCAAGCGAUAGUCAAUCAAAUGUUAAGAAAUCAAGUGGUAACCAACCAAAUGGUAAUGAAGCAAAUGGUAGCAAAUCAAAUAGUAAAAAAUCAAGUAAUCAAUCAAAUGGUAAGAAACCAAAUGGUAAUAAACCAAGUGGUAGUAAACCAAGUGAUGGUCAACCAAGUGGUAGUCAACCAAAUGUUAAGAAAUCAAGUGGUAACCAACCAAAUGGUAACGAAGCAAAUGGUAGUAAACCAAGUGAUGGUCAACCAAGUGGUAGUCGACCAAAUGGUAAUAAACCAAGUGGUAGUAAAGCAAGUGGUGGUAAAUCAAGUGGUAGUCAAUCAAAUGGUAAUGAAACAAAUGAUGGGAACAAAAGUGUUCAAGAAACAAACGUUGAGGAAAAAAGUAUUGAUAAAACGAUUAGUAAGAUAAAGGAUAAUAUUCGAAUAAAUAGCGAUACAAUAAAAAUGUUUGCGAAGGAGAUAACAAUUGUAGGAGGUAAAAUAUAUAUUGCAAAUUUCAUUAUAUUGAAUCCAGUAGUAUUUGUAAAUGAUUUGAAGAAACCAAACAUGAAAUUUAGUGAGGUCUUCUUAGCCAGUAUUGAUGUUUCCGUUAUACCACUCUGCGGUACAAUUUUGAGGUUGUUAGCUUCUCAUUGCAGUGAUUAUCCUUUAGUUACUGAAUUAAAUGCCAUCCCAGAAUUUAAAAUGCUUCUUUUUGAGAUGCAGCAUAUAGAUGAUCCGGAAAAUCUCUUAGACAAAAUAUUUGUGAUUUCGGUAAAGAUGCUUAUCAAACAUUUCCAAGGUUCUAAUCAGCCCAUCCCACAUGAAAAGGAGUUAUUCGAAAUAGCAUAUGUCUUAUGGCGCUAUGGGAAGGCACAUGCGAAAGGAAAGCUACGAGAAGGAGAUAAUGAAAAAAUGAUGUCAGAAAGAAUGUCUAUUCUAUAUGAUGUUAUGUUGAAUUAUUUCGAUACACUAGCUCCGUCCUUUUUACAUGCAUUACGUAUUUAUUGGGAAAAUUCCGCAAGUACAGUAAUUUAUACAGAUAAUACACGCCUUUCUUAUUAAUGAUAUAUUCGAGCUAAGAUACGUUAUAUUAAUACGAAGUUAUAAAAAUAAUAAAAUAAGGUACUUUGUAAAUAUAGAUUUAUCUUAUACAAAUCUAUCUGUAAUACGUAUAAUAUUUGUAUUUUAUGCAUGAAUUUUUUAUUCUUUAUCACGAAGCAAACGAAAGAGAUUUUUAUUGCGAGGAAAUAUGUUAUAUUUUGUGUAUUAAGGAAAAAGAAAAAUGAUAUUAAAUAUAUGACGUAAAAAGCAUGAA